GGCAACACUUCAAAUCUCUUCAACAGUUCCUAACCUUCGGCGCAAACCCGCCCGCGAAAUAACAGGUGACAAGUCGAAAACCACUUACAACCUGAACACUACUACCAAGAUGUCGAACCCCAACAUUCCCGCCAUCAGGAGAAACUGCGCUACCCCGGACCUCCCUUCCUUGAUCCAAGAAACCACCGGCAACCCACCGCCAUUCUCUGCCACACACCAGAACCCCCGCUACCAUCAGCGUGUUAUGGUCGACAUCAUACCCACCGGCCUAAAGACAGCCUCCAGCCAGGUUUCCGAGCAGCUCCGACGCUGGCAUGAUGCUCACAAAGGCAAAUACUCGUCGACAGUCCUCAAGACCUUGGAAGACCUGGGACAGCAAGUGCAAGAGCUUUGCGAGGCCAGACGGAGCGGCGUUAUCCGGAUACGUUCGUCAGGUGACGGCGCCAAGAUUCUCUGCAUUCUGGCGCAGUUAAAGGCCAUGAGGGAAUGCAUGGAUAAAGUGGACGACAUGGAGAAGGACUGGGUUUGGGUUGAAAGCUCUGAAGCAAAGGCUCCACCUCUGGACACAGAUACUGAUGGGGAGUACGUGGUUGUGGAGAAGAACGGGGAGGAAGAUGUGAAUGGGGGGAAAGACAUUGGUGAGCAGGGCAUGGUCGCGAUCAUGCAGAUGUACCUGAAGGCUUUGACAGUCUAUUAGGGACUUCUCACGGUGUUAGAGGUAUGUGAAUGAAGUGACCUGG